UUAGAAACUGCAUGGAGUCUGCCGUUUUAAUAUUUUUAUGUAUUUUUUUAGAUUUUCGAAAAAUGAAAAAGACUGCUACAAGAUAGAACAGUAACCAAUUACAACAGUUGUUUAGAUCAAAAACGAAUAAUCUCAAAAACACAAAUCCUAGAUCAUUCGGGCUUUUCUAUUUCUUCCUGUUAGUGCUGCUGUAAAUACUCUUAACAUGCUGACAUAAAAACGCCGUGAUCGUCUGCUUUACCGGAAGUUAUGCUGACUAAACUAAAGUGCUUUGAGAUAAACGUAUUCUUAAAUGAAAAUGAUAAAUAUUACUAGAUAAUAGAUUCCAUGUUAGUAAAAACAUGAAUGUAUAUUAUUAUUUAACAUAAAAUAAACAUUUCAAAAUCACCCCCGUAUGAUUGUCGUAUCCACAUCCGGUUCUAAUGUAAACAAACGUAUAUCUAUUAUAUAUCACUUCGCCUGCGUGCUUGCUGUUGAACGCCCAGUAACGGCGUUGAAAGAAGAAACUGCACUAUGGCCUCUGAAAAUAUUGAUAUGAUCACCAAGCGUCCAAGGACACCACAUGAUCAGUACACUUGUAUGACAGAAGAGCAAAUACACAACAAUACAAUAAAUGGUAGACCAAAUAGGUUUUUUAUGUCACAAAAACCACUUGUGAUGUCUAAAAAACGUUACUGUAUGGACCGUUAUGCCACAAAUACUAGCCAGUAUCUAUUCAGGGAACAACCUCGGUCUUACCCUAAGUGCUGGAUUGGUGAUCUGUGGCAACAACAGCCUUCAGAGCAGCACAACACUUGUCGUCUGGGAGCCUCUCUUCGCUGGGGCCCAGAAAAGAAUGGUUCAAGAACUUAUAGCCACUUUGUUGGAGAAGAUACACACCGCUAUCUCAACAUUGACGUGUAUUGUCGCCCUCCAACUAAUUUGGUAGGAUUAGUUGUUCAGAAACAUGGAAGACCUGGGAGAAGCUACUAUGACCAACGACAUCCUCAUUCAGCUACAUGGUUUGGAUCCAGCCACAUACUGAACCAAACUGACAUCUUGCAAGAUAUUAGGCCCAAAACUUUGAAAGAGCAUCAGAUGAGUUCUGAAGCAGAGAAAACAAAGAUGAUAUGGAGACAUGGUAAAUGGCCAGAAUUUUCAGAGUAUGUGGAUCGAUAUACUUUGCAUUCCAAAGAUGAACCAGAGUUGACUUCGUUUGAACGCAACAAGAGACAUAUUCUUGAAGCUAAUUAAUUAUUGCCCUGUUUUGGGCAGGUUUAACAAGGGCAUCUGAAUAAAUUCACAUACAUCAAGUGACGUGAUGUCAGCACAUAGAAGACAUUAAAAAAAGUUGCCAUACUCUAUAUACCCUUUUGCAAUCUCUAGGGAGUAUAAAUUUUACAUACCUUAUCUGUGCAGAGGUCUUCUUGAAUAUUUCCUGUGGUUUUAUUUAACUUGUAUUAGACCCUGGUUUUAUUAUGAAAUUUUUAACACCCCCAAAUUAAUGAUUGUACCGUAAUUUUUUUUUAAACUAUAUCCAGUAGUUUGGUAGUUAGAGGACUCUGUAAAAAUUUUCUUUUAUUUAGGUCUUUUGUUUACUUUUUCUGGUGUUUUUCAAUAUACAUCUUGAAUGUAAUUUUUCAAGUGCCUUGAACAUUGAUUUUUUGUUGUUGCUGCUUUAGCAGAUGCAUACUGAAACUUAAUAUCACCUACAAUACCAGGAUAAAUUUGUUUAUAAAUGAGCACAGGAAUCUGAUGUAUAGCAAGAUUCAACAGUUAUGCAAGUUUUGUGUUGACCAUCCUCACUUCUAUCCCGAUUUUUUUGAGACAUGAAAAAAAAAAUCUUUCAACAGGUGAAAAUUGUGAUGUGCAUUUUUGUGUUAACUGCAGAUGGCACGCAAGUAAAUGUAUUCCAUACUUUAAAAAAACAAAACAAAAAACAAAAAACAAAAUCCCCAUUGUUUUAUUCCUUUUCCUACUCGUGUUCCUCUGCAGUAAAACAUUUUUUAAACUAC